UUUGGGCAAAGAGAGGGGUGGGGGGGCUAGGCGGGGUCUCCCUUUUUGGGGAUAGCAGGGUCACCAUGUGUCGUCGUCCACGUGUCCCCCCCCACCGCGAGGCUGUCCCCCACGGACACCCCCCUGCCUCGGACAUCCCCAUGACACGCUGUGCGGUGUGUGUCCCUCCCCUCAAGGGGGGUGCAGGGUGCGAGGGUCCCCGUCCCCCCAACCUGGGCCUUGCUCUGCAGGAAGCAUGGCUGCCUCUGACAGCUCUGCCCUUCAGGGGUGUCCCCUCGAGGGGGGGUCGCUGCCGGGGGGGGGGCUGGCCGUGGCAUCCCGUUCCCCCCGGUCUGGCUUGCUGCAGUCCUGACCCCAAAGGGCUCCAGCAGAGCCACAGUAGAGCUUCCCUUUUGCUUUGCUUUUAUCCUGCAAAUAAAUCCGCUUCCCCCCAACUCCCAGCAGCCUGUAAAGCAGUGGCAGAGCCCAGGCGAGGGGGCUGAGCUGUGUUUUCCAUAGCCCUUGGCUGCUGAGGUGGGCGCAGCGCUGGCAGGGAUGGUCCCUGGUGCUGGAGGGGGGGCUUAUGGUGCUGGAGGAGGGGGGGUGGAUGUGCUGCCUUGGGGCAGCUGCCCAGACUCCUGCCCUCGCUGGUAACUGGCUUCUGAGGGAUUGUCUAUAAAUCGGAUUUGUUCUGGAGCCCGCACGGUGUCUUGAGGUGAGGCAGGGAUCCCGAACUGCUAGCUUGGAGCAGAAUGUCACAGCCCCUCGUUUGGGCUGCUCGGUGGCCCUUGUCCCCAGGCAGAGGGGAGCCUGCUGGGACAGGAGAGGUCGGGGCCCGCCGUGGAGGGAGGAGAGCUCGAAGGAAGACGCGUGUGGUGAUCGGGACUGAUUUAACGUGGCUCUGACCCCGUCGGUCUGAGGGCAGCUGGGCUGCGGCCAAGGGCGCGUGGGAAUGUUAAAGGAUGAACAGCCGUGGCUGAGGGCAAGAGAGCAGCCAGCGAGUGUUGGGACUGAGCUGAUGGAGAGCCCUGAGCCAGAGGCAGGCUGCCAGGCUUGAUAAACUGCUUGUCCCAGCUUGCCCGACCUGAUGAGCCACGGCUUUAUUGUUGUGCAAGGUGCAGGGCGUGCAAGGUCCUGAUCCUGCAGCCGGAGUCUUGCCUGUAAAGGUGCUGAGCGCUCAGCUGGAACGGUGCUGGAUGCGGGGCUGCGGUGCAGUGGCAGCGGAGUGAGGACGGUGCCGUGGGUGGUUGGGGAUGCGGUGGAGGAGCCGCAGCUCGCGGCAGCAUCGACAGGCAGCACCCAGUGCCCUCGCUAUGUCAGCGCUGUCCUGUGCGGCAGCUCUGAGCUUAGCCCGGGAACGGUCUGGAUAGACGUACCCCGCCGAAAAAAGCUCACGUGCCUUUCCAGCCAAAUCGGUCUUGCUGUCUGCAGCACAGUGCAGGACAUCCCGCUGCCUGCACGUCCCAUUGCCCACACGUCCCGCUGCCCGCUCCUUUCCGGCCACUGCUCUGGCCCUGCUCCCUGUUGUACAUGAGUCUCGGGCUUCCUGCGUCUCCAGAACGGUGCUUUCGGCUGCCUGUCCUUGAUGCCCACCCUAGGGCUGUGCGGCUGUUAAACACGGGUGUGAGAGGCCGUCUCUGCCAGCUUUCCAUCAAGAUGUUACAGGUACCGCUGCCCCUGGAUCGAGAUGGGAUCCUCUUCCGGCUCCGUUUUACCACGCUGGCCGUUGGGACUGUGUUUUGCCCACUCUUUGGUUUCCUUUUCUGUGUGAUCUGGUCUCUGCUGUUCCAUUUCCAGGAGACGACAGCAACCCAUUGCGGGGUCCCUAACUACCUCCCCUCCAUCAGCGCCGCUAUCGGAGGCGAGACUCCCCAGCGUUAUGUCUGGCGCCUCUGCAUCGGCCUCCACUCGGCUCCCCGCUUCCUGGUGGCAGUCGCUUACUGGAACCACUACCAGAGCUGCCACUGCUCGCACCCUCGCUACCUGCGCUUGUGCCACUUCAACCUGCUGCUCAACCUGCUUGAAAACUUCGCCCUCCUUAUUCUGACGUACGUGUCCUCAUCUGAAAACUAUGCAAUACACGAAAAUGCCUUCAUCGUCUUUAUCACGUCGGCUCUGGGCCACAUGCUUCUUACGUGCAUCCUCUGGAGAAUGACUAAGAAACACACAGUAAGUCCCGAGGAGCGCAAGUCGUACAAGUGGAAGCAGCUGUUCUUCUUCUUCACCUUCAUCACGUUUGCGUUUGCCGUGUGCGUCUACUUCCACCACAACUGGUACUGCAGCCCUGGAGUGUACACCAUCUUCGCCUUCCUGGAGUACCUGGUUGUCCUCUCCAACAUGGCCUUCCACAUGACUGCCUUCUGGGACUUCGGCAACAAGGAGCUGGUGGUGAGCUCGCUGCUGGAGGACAAGCAUUUCUAGCCAGCCUGGUCCCACAGCCGGCCGUGUGCUGGCCGAGAUGCCGGUGCCAGGUGGGGGCUGCUCUUCACCUGGGGGAGGCAGAGAACUUCUUCCCUCUCCUGCUGCCCCCAGGGCCACGGCUGGAGCGUUUGCUGUGGAGCUGCUGCAAGGAUCAUCCCAGGGUCCCGGACCCCACAAGUGUCUGUGCGUGGUCCCUGGCUGUGCCUGGAGCUCUCUUACAGGGGAGCUGGGGGCUCUUGCUGAGGACCCUCGAGGCCAGUAGCCCCUGCCCUAGCUCCCUGCUGCCUACCGGGAUGGGCAGGAGGACAGAGGAGAGGGGCAGGUACCUGCUGACUGUUUCUUUGGAGGAUGCUCUGGACAGAGCAGGAUUCUGCUCCCAGCAUCAGGGCACGGGGGCGAGUCUUGCCCUGCCCCUGCUUUGCCUGGGUGGUCUCAUGGUUCCUCCUCCAGGCUGGGGGUCCUUGGCCAAGGUCCUCAAAAAGGGCUGGUGGCCUUUUUGGCCUCGAAGCUUCAGGCAGCCUCAGGAGAAGGAGCACUUUCUGCCCCUGCAUCUCUCUGGUUGCACUCCCAAAACGGAGCAGCCUGCAGCCUUGUCUUCUUAGAAAGCCUUUGCUGCAGGGCUGGGGCCGGGGCAGAGCCGGGCCCAUGCUGCGGUGCUUGGGGCUGGGUCUGGGCUCCUUCCGAGCCUGGGGUGAGCACGGGAGCCGUGGCUGGGGGCUGGCCCCGGGCACUGCUGUCCCAUCCGGGGCUGGGGCAGGGUCCCGGCUCAUCCACGCCUGUGUCGCUGGGAGGGGAGCGUCUUCGAACGUACCAGCCUGCGCACAGACUGUACAGGAGAAAGGCAGGAGGGCACGAGUGCAGGGGUGCACGGGGCACAGCAGAUGCUGAGAGCAUCCAUGCUCUCCUGCUCUGCCUUUCCCAGAAGCCCCCUCCAGCAAGCAAAGGGUGCUCGCAGGGAUGCUGGGCUCUGGUUCAAGCCCAGUUUGGGGAGGAAGGGCGACUGGACUGGUGCUGGAGGUCCUCGCUCUGACGUCCGCACGGCUUCCCCUGUGCUGUAGGGCUUGAGCUGGGAACUGUUGGGGUCCAGCGGUGCUGCUGCUGCCCCGGGAGGAGGGUGCUGGUGGCGACCCCCCAUCUGUGGACUCUGGCUGCCAGGGCACAGGGGGCUGACACGGCGGUGGUGCCGUCUGGGUGGGAGCUGGGAUCUGGCAGUGUCCCCAGGCUCCUCUGCUCCUCCCCGUGCACAGCCGGGCUGGGCAGCGCUAGUGGAAGGGGGCUGCUGCUGCUCUGGCUCACAGGGGCCAUGGCCAUGACCCAGGAGGGCUUGGCCGCAUCCUGCACAGGGAGGGACCGGGGAGCCGGUGCUGUGCUUGGAGAGGUAGCACAGGGCUCGCUCCUGGAGGCUCUCUGGAAGAGGAAUGGGCAGCGAUUGCAGGCAGGGGGGAGAGGGCUGAGCCUUUUGGCACCAGGAGCUGCCUGGAAUUUGGCGAGCUCUGUGCUUGCCAGGGCUCACCCUGCACUACGCUUGGCCACGAAGGACCGACGUGGGUUCCUGCAGCCGCCCUUCACGUGAAUGCAGCCACCACCAACGGUCCCCUGGGAUGUCCCCACGCUCUGUCCCCGCGCUCCCGGGGCUCGGGCAGAGCCUUCUCCAGCAGGAGCUGCGGCACGCUGGCCGGUGGCCCUGGCUGAGCCGGGGCCGGGCUGGCCUUCGAGCGGGUCCUGCCUUGUGCGUGUCCAUCCGUGAGUGUCCCCACCGCACUGUGCCGGGUUCCAUCCAUCUCCCCUGCCUGCAUGCCUGUGGUGUGCUGCCCGCCGGCAGCGUCUGCGCCUUGGUUUUGAGGUUGAAAUAAAGCACUGAGUAUUUUUGUGA